AUGUCACUUCACUGUUUCUUUGGUUUGGAAUUACGGGCCGACGGUGUGCCAAUCACUCCACCGAUGCCUCCCAACACUUCUCUGGUGCUCACACACUGUGCCCUCACCUCCACAAUGCCAGGCACUCUUACUUUAUAUGUGCAGAGCCACGAUCAACCAAACCGUUUCGCACUCUGUACACUCUCUGCAGAUCGCAGUAUCUUCUACGCCCCACUGCAACUCAUCUUUGCACAGAAAGUCUCCUUUACACUUGUGGCCUCUCAGACAACAACAUCAUCAACAUCAUCAUCAAAUGCGGCUUCUGAAAAAUAUCCAACGGUGCACCUUACCGGUUAUUUUGAGAGUGAUGAGGAGGGCCAGCAGAUUGGCGCAGGGUUUGAUGGUAUAAACGAAGAUGAUGAUGAUGAGGAAGAGGAUAUGGAAGAUAUGGAGGCAGCAGGGCGAAAACGUGCGAGGUCCGAUACAAAGAAAGAGAAACAACAACAACAACAACAGCAAGAGGGGAAAAAGAAAAAGAAGAACAAGAACAAGAAAUAA